CCUUCACGUGUGGGCCGUACUUUGUAUACCGCCUGCCAUUUUUAGUCAAAUUGAGCUUUCAGUCGUUUGAUAGACGGUGCACAAUUCGAAAACGUGUGACUAAUUCGUAACUACCUAAUCUUUUUGUUAUUUAGUGAAACCGUCAAACUCAAAUUAAGAUGAAUGUCGAAAGAUACGCUGAUUCGGAUCUGAAAUACCCAACCGUUAUACAUUUGACAAUUAUAUCUAUGGAUUAAAAAGUAGCAAACAGGAAUUUGACGAAAAAUCAAAAUCUUCCUGGAUUUUGUCACGCAAUUAGAACUUGUUCUAAUAUUUGCGAAGUUGGAAGUCAAACUCCAUGGAGUCAACCUUCUUUUCCUUUCCAUCAUAUUGAACAACCUUAAAAUUCAAGUAUACAUCUUAGAAUUACAGUAUUCAACAAUAUGGUUUCUGUUUAUGAGAUUCACCUCAAAAUACAUAUAAAAAAAAAAUGUUUCUGGCCUGGCAAGAAUUUGUUGUGUAGUUAGCACUACUGUGUACGGUCAGAUAAUCAGUGGAAUUGGAAAUAUCACAAAACCUCAGAAUGACGUUGAAUAGAUCCAUUUGAUAAAUUCUUGAAGAAAUUGUCGAUGUAAGACGGGUAAUAUGGAAAAGAGCAACGUCUGUGACCGGCUUUAGCUUUGUUUACUAUCGGAUUUGACAUCUCGACAGAUUCCCAGCGUUGUGGUUAUGUAUUUUCACCCUUUUCCUUAUAUUUUUGGAAAUAUUAUUUAUUAAGAUGAACUUACUUUUUGUAUAUAUAACGUGUUUGAUAGCUACAGCAAGCGCAAAAAAAUUCAAAGAUAAUGAAAAACCGGAGUGGGCAAAGAAAGACAUCAGAGACUUUACAGAAGCAGAUAUGGAAAGGCUAUUAGAGCAGUGGGAAGAAGAUGACGAACCGUUGGAGGAGGAUGAAUUACCAGAGCAUCUUCGUCCCAUGCCAAAAAUCAAUCUGAAUGAAAUCAACACAGAUGAUCCUGAAUCCCUGUUGCAAGCUACAAAGAAAGGCAGGACUUUAAUGACUUUUGUGCAAGUAGCUGGACACCCUAGUAGAGAUGUGACUGAAGAACUAACAAAGCUAUGGCAAACAAGCUUAUGGAAUAGUCAUAUACAGGCUGAACGAUAUCUUGUUGAUGACAAUAGGGCCAUAUUUUUGUUCAAAGAUGGAUCCCAAGCAUGGCAAGCAAAGGAAUAUUUAAUUGAACAAGAUAAAUGUGAAAGUGUUACAAUAGAAUCUAAGGUAUAUCCUGGAAAAUACUCAAAACCUAAGGAGGAGCUGUAAUUUACUAAUUUAUUUUAUAUGAAUAAAUAAUUCUACAAAUUUUUGUAUCUUGAAUAAUGCAUAUGUCUAGAAGUA